AUGUCGGUGGAAGCCGCCGAGGGCGCGGAGACGAUGGCGCGCCGCGACUCGCUCUACAGGGACGCGGAGAAGGUCUCCGGCAACAGGCGCCACGGCUCCGGGGUAAGCUGGAGGCAGACGGUGCUGCUGGCGUUCCAGAGCAUCGGCGUGGUGUACGGCGACCUCGGGACGUCGCCGCUCUACACCUACUCGGGCACCUUCCCGAACGGUAUCAGGCACCCGGACGACCUCCUCGGCGUCCUCUCCCUCAUCCUCUACACCCUCAUCCUCCUGCCCUUGCUCAAGUACGUCUUCAUUGUCCUCUACGCCAACGACAACGGCGACGGGGGCACGUUCGCGCUCUACUCGCUCAUCUCGCGGUACGCCAAGACCAGGAUGAUCCCCAACCAGCAGGCCGAGGACGCGUCCGUGUCCAACUACAGCAUCCAGGAGCCCAGCUCGCAGACCAGGAGGGCGCAGUGGGUGAAGCAGAGGCUCGAGUCCAGCAAGGCCGCCAAGAUCGCACUCUUCACCAUUACCAUCCUCGGCACCUCCAUGGUCAUGGGUGACGGCACCCUCACACCUGCAAUCUCUGUGCUCUCUGCGGUGAGCGGGAUCAGGGAGAAGGCGCCCGACUUGACCCAAUCGCAAGUGGUGUGGAUCUCUGUUGCCAUCCUCUUCAUGCUCUUCUCGGUGCAGCGCUUCGGCACGGACAAGGUGGGUUACUCCUUCGCGCCCAUCAUCUCGGUGUGGUUCGUCCUCAUUGCCAGCAUCGGAGUGUACAACCUCGCCGCCCACGACCCCACCGUGCUCAGGGCCCUCAACCCCAUGUACAUUGUGGACUACUUCCGAAGGAACGGCAAAGAGGCGUGGCUCUCUCUCGGGGGCGUCGUCCUCUGCACCACAGGCACGGAGGCCAUGUUUGCUGACCUUGGCCAUUUCAACAUCAGGGCCAUUCAGCUGAGCUUCAGCUUCAUCAUCUUCCCCUCCGUGGCGCUAUGCUACAUGGGUCAGGCAUCCUACCUGCACAAAUUCCCGCAAGACGUCGCCGACACCUUCUACAAAUCUAUCCCAGCGGCGAUGUUCUGGCCGACGUUCAUCGUGGCCAUCUUGGCGGCCAUCAUCGCGCGCCAGGCCAUGCUCUCCGGCGCGUUUGCCAUCCUGUCCAAGGCGCUCUCCCUCGGCUGCUUCCCGAGGGUGGAGGUGGUGCACACCUCCAAGAAGUACGCCGGGCAGGUGUACAUCCCGGAGGUGAACUUCCUCAUCGGCGCCGCCAGCAUCGUCGUCACCCUCGCCUUCCAGACCACCACCAACAUCGGCAACGCCUACGGGAUCUGUGUCGUCAUGGUCUUCUCUAUCACCACGCAUCUCAUGACCGUCGUCAUGCUGCUCGUCUGGAAGAAGAACAUCGCCUUUAUCGCCGCCUUCUACGUCAUCUUCGGGACCACCGAGCUCCUCUACCUGUCCUCCAUCCUCUCCAAGUUCGCCGAGGGAGGCUACCUGCCCUUCUGCUUCUCGCUGGUGCUCAUGGCGCUCAUGGCCACCUGGCACUACGUCCAUGUCAGCCGCUACUGGUACGAGCUCGACCACGUCGUGCCGGCGGCGGAGCUCACGGCGCUCUUGGGUCGCCCCGACGUGCGACGGGUGCCCGGCGUGGGCUUGCUCUACUCGGAGCUUGUCCAGGGCAUCCCUCCCAACCUGCCCAUCCCACGGGUGCCGGCCCCCGAGCGCUUCAUCUUCCGAAGGGUUGACCCCGCCGAGCACCGCAUGUUCCGCUGCGUUGCGCGCUACGGAUACACUGACCAGAUCGAGGCCGCCAAGGAUUUCUCCGCGUCUCUCCUGGACGGCCUCAAGCUGUUCAUCUAUGAGGAGGCCACAUUCUCCUGCAGCCAGCACACCGAUGACGGCGACAGCGACGGCGCUCUGCGGGCAGCGCAGCUGGCGGCCGCGGAGGAGGAGAAACGGUUCAUCCACGCAGAGUUGGAACACGGCGUGGUGUACCUGACGGGUGAGGCGGACGUGGUGGCUGCACCAGGGUCGUCGGUGAUGAAGAGGAUCGUGGUCAACUACGUGUACACCUUCCUGAGGAGGAACCUCAGCGAGAGCCACAAAGCGCUCGCCAUUCCCAAGGAUCAGCUGCUCAAGGUCGGGAUCACCUAUGAGAUAUAG